GUAUAUAAAAUGAAGACUCAUGCACAACAAAGUUUUCCUUUCCUCAGUUUACUUAAAGUAGUCUGUAGUUCUUUUAGCCGAAAACUCCCUUGCUGGACAUACAGACACAACAUUUAUAAUCUUGCAUCUUGAAAACAAGUUCUGUCAUUGGUUCACUGACUUCCAUCUGUUGACUCUUUCCUGUUGUUAUCUUGUUAGUGCAUAAUAACUUCCUUAUAUACUUACACAUAUGCUCAAUUCCUUUUAUUCUCAUUGAAGACUACGUUUCUUCUAAUGCAACAACCUUCAUAUUUGAAGUGUAGGGUAAUUGUCCAAAUAACUUAUGAGUUGAUGGCUGGAGUCCUGACUGCAUCGAAAUGAAGCCUUCUGAGAAUUUUCUUGGAGUUUCGAGGGCCGAGUCGUCUAAGGAGAGUAUGGAAACUUUGGUGCUGAGCAAAAUAGAAGGAUCACCUGUGCUCUAUUGCCAACGGCUGAAAUAUACAGUGAGAAGUAUUCAGGUGCCCGACGGAAGUCCUUCAGAUACUGAAACAGAAGCUGAAACGUCCAUCUCCCACUUUUCAAAUGGCAAAAAAACUUGUGGUAAAAAAUUCAGCUGUAUAUUGUGUGGCAUGGAGUAUCGCCAGAGCAUAAGCCUGGUGCGUCACAUGCGAAUACACACAGGAGAAGCGCCGUACACCUGUGAACUCUGUGGGAGGGGCUUCCGACGUAAAGACUGGCUUGUACUGCACAGCAGCGUCCACACGGGUAACAAACGAAAAAGCAUGAAGAGCUUUAGUUGCGAUCAGUGUGGGAAGAAGUUUACUGGCUCCACCGCACUCCAAAGUCAUUUAUACAAACACAGAGGCGAGAGGCCGUUCGCCUGCGCGCACUGCGACAAGACGUUCUUCAGUCAAACCAAUCUUAAACGCCACCAGGUCGAUUCUCAUUCUGACAGCAAACAAUUUUGUUGCCCCGUAUGUGGAAGUGGAUUCUCACGCCUUUUUUCGCUGCAGAAACACAUGCGGAUUCACACGGGAGAGAUGCCUUUCUCCUGUCCAGACUGUGGAAAGACUUUCCGUCAUGAAUAUACCAUGAAUAUGCAUCGUAAACGUCACUCAGCCAAAAGUUGACGUAAUGCACAUUCAUGCAUCACAUGAGUUUGAUUUAUUCUAUUUUUCUAUUGUUUUAAGCCACAUCCCUUUUAUUGGUAUUUUUUUUCCUUACUGAAUCUCAUUAUACCUGUCCAGUGCCAAUAAAGAGUUUGACUUCA